UUGGCUCGGCGUGUCCCAGGAACAAGCUCCGCCUCGCCAAUCCGGCCCGCAGCUUGUCUCUCCGUUGACCUAAUCGUGACGAAAAGUGGGAGCCGGAAGUGGCAGGAGCAAUAGAAAAUAGUUUGAAAUCUUGUUAAGGUCAUGGAGUUUAAUGAAGAGAUACUGAAGAGCCAGUUAGGCAAGUAUAAAUUCCGGGAUCUGACUAUCAAGGAACUGAAACAUAUGCACCAAAAAUUCCCUGAUCUUAAGUCAUCACUGGACACAUACACUUUCACUGAUGGAUCCCAGAAAGAUUUGUUGAACAUAAUUGGAACCAUCCCUAUCCAAUAUCAAGGGUCUUCCUACAAUAUUCCCAUUCGAAUAUGGAUUCUUGACUCUUAUCCAUUUGGUCCGCCUUUAUGUUUCCUGAGACCAACAUCAAAGAUGGUUAUACGUGUGGGAAAGCACGUAGACAUGCAAGGACGCAUCUAUUUACCAUACCUGCAGCACUGGAGUCACCCCAAGACGAAUAUCAUUGGUUUGCUUAAUGAAAUGAUCGCUAAGUUUGAGGAAGUAACGCCUUUGUACAUGAAGUCCUCUGCUGAAGGACUGUCCUUGACAGAAGUCAACACCAUUAUUUCCAGUAUUUCUUCAGGUCUUUCUGAUGUCAACCCUCAGCCAAAAAUGCAAGCUGCUGACUGGCACUCCAGCAAAGUUACAGUACUAGGAGCUGGUGACUUGGGAAUGGCAUGCACCAUGAGCAUUCUAGCAAAGCAUAUUGUGGAAAAAUUAGUAUUUAUUCCCACCACAGAAAACACAGUAAAGAGUGGAACAUUGGACAUGGAAAUCUUUCAUCUGCCUAAAGUUGAAAUCAGCAAAGAUUACUCAAACUCAGCAGGCUCAGACAUAGUGAUAAUCACUGCCAACACCUGGAGCGGUGAGGACUCAUACCUGGAAGCAUUGCAAAGCAACGUGGAUUUGUUCAGAAUUAUAAUUCCCAACAUUGUACAACACAGUCCCAACUGUAUUCUCAUUAUUGCCUCCCAGCCAGUUGAUGUGAUGACGUAUGUGAGCUGGAAGCUGAGUGGCUUUUCUCCACACCGCGUGAUUGGGACUGGCUGUAACCUGGGUACUCGACGGUUUCAGUUCAUCCUGGGUAAAUCUUUGAAAAUGCCACCAGCUGGAAUGGAGGCCUGGAUUAUCGGAGAGCACGGGGACAAGGAAGUGUCGGUGUGGAAGGGCUCAGAAAGGGAUGAUGGGCAGCAUAUCAGUCCAGCUGUACUUACAGACCAUGACAAAUACAAGCAGCUGGAAAACAGGGCUUUAAAAGGAUUAAAAGAUAAAAGUAACAGAUCCUGGUCUGUUGGAUUGUCAGUGGCUGAUUUAAGUGAGACUAUCUUAGGAAAUCUGGGACGUUCACAUUCCAUCUCCACACUGGUGAAGGGCUGGUGUGGAAUCAGUGGGGAAGUAUUUCUCAGCCUGCCAUGUACACUAACCAGGGCCGGAGUGGUCAAUGUAACUGCACCAAAUCUAUUGGAGGAAGAUCAAGGGAAGUUACAGAACAGUGCAGCAACCCUCCAAAACUUUCUUCAGCAACUAAAGAUUUGAACUGCUGUUUGGACAAAUGUAAAUAACUAAAGAAAUUGCAUCUUCUUCCAGUGUUUCCAGGAAGCAUACACUCCGCGACUGGAAACUCUGUAUCCUUAACUUACCAACAGCCAAGUGCACUUUAUAUAAUCAUUGCCAUGUAGCCUUGCUAAGCUCAAGAGUCAUGGUUUGGCUCUGUAUUAGCAUUUUCUGGUUGGAUACAUGUUACACAGUCCCAGAAAAUGAAGUUCUUCCAAAGUCUUGGCCCACAUUCCUUAACUGAACGUCAUUGAGGAGCUUAGAUUAACUUUAACUUAGACUCCAACUCACUUUCUUCAUUUUGAACUUUGCAAGUUGAAAACCACAUGUGUCUACAUGUCAGCAAUCAGCUUUCAAAGUUAUUUUAUUGCUUUUAUUCUAGAGGUAAUAUAUAAAUUAAUUCCCCAUCCCAUGCCCCCACCCUCAUUCUCCUGACCCUGGUGUACAGCUAUGUGCCUGUGAUGCUGCUAGAUCACAUUUGCCCUGCAUGUAUCUGCCUAGCACAGCAAUAUUCAAGUAAUGCCUCACUCUAGUGGCAUUUCAAACAAACAUUCAUCCUGGGCAACAGCUGAAACAGCCUUGGUAUCCACCAGGCUGAAUCUGGAACUGGGGGAGAUGGCAAACUCCAUAACACCAAUUUGAAACAAAGACUUUGCCACAUGCUGCUACAGAAAUAUUGUGAAGUGAAGAUGAUGUCUGUUCAACCUUUGCUGUUUUAUACCUUUUGGUUUGACCAGCAGAUUUUAAUAUUUUGCCCGUAUUAAGAUCAACCAAAACUAGUACUCUUCACACCUCUUCCACCACUGACCUACCCUUCCCAUGUUCAUAACAGUAGUGUUUAUUGAACUCACCUAUCUGUACCUGUCAUGCACACAAUCCUUCACAAAAAAAGGACAUCUACCUUAUUUCCACACAAUGACAGUGCUGGGGUGCAUGCUAAGUUGUUGGAGUAAAGUUCUGCUGCACUGCCUCUUCCUACUUAUCUUCUGACUCUCAUUCAGCGUGCUUUCUAAUUUGGAUUUACUUUGGGUCUCCUCAUUGUCCCAGGACUGAAUCUCUAGUUAUCUCAUUAUUGUCUUUCUUACAUGUUCUGUAGACUGUUCAAAACUUGUCCCUUUAACUCAUUCUUGGGGAGGCACUUGAGAUUGAUGGCAAUUUCUUCCAUGUCAGUUUUGCGGGCUCUAAAGAACUGCAGAUGUGUCAUGAGGUGCCAUAUGGGGCAAGCAGGUGGGUAGUUUGGGGAGAUGAUAAGCUCCAGCUGCUUAUGCAGGGGCCUCUGUAGGCUUUAAAUGGAUGGUACUGAGAUUCUCAAUACCCUCCCCAGUUCUCUUUCACCACCUUAGACAGUCAUGGGCCAGAAUGUCCCAGGAAUUGGAGGGAUGUUGUAUUUCAAGCAACUUUUGAGCACGUUGUCAAAUCUUAGUCUCUGUCUACUGAGAGUGCAUGGAAAAUUCCAAAGGUUCACCUUCCUCUGAGUGAAGAUAUUUCUCCUGAUUUCAUUUCUAGGUAACCUACCCUUUGUUCUCAAACUGCACCUUCUGUUCUGAACUCCUUAACCAAGGGAACUCUUCUCUCUGCGUUUAAUCUAUCAUGCACUUUAAAAAUAUUGUCAGUUUCUAUUUAAUCUCCUCUUAUUCUUCUAAUGGCUGAAGAAUGCAGUCCCAGUAUACUUAAUCUCUCUGUAUAUGGCACAUUAGCCAUUCCUGGGAAUUUUCACUGAAUUUAUUUCCAUGAUAAGUUCAUUUUAUAAGUAACAAGAACAAGGUGUGCACAACAUUCAAAGUACAGUCUCACCAAAGCGCUAUACAGAUGUGUAAUUAGACUUCCUUACUUCCGUAGUCAAACUCUUUCAAAAUAGAAGUCAACAUCCCAUUUACCUUCCUAAAUGCUUGAUAUCCCUACAUGAUGGCCUCAAGUGACAUGCAUACAGAGACUUGAAACAAUAGGAACGAUAUAAGUAUAUUGCUGGAAGAUGGACAAGCAACAAACUGCACCUAAAUAGAAAUGUCUGAAGUGAUUCGGCAGACUAUUUUGUUAAGCCUUUUGUCCCAGUAUGAUCAGACGGGAAUCAAAUUGAUUGGGCAAAUACCUAAAGCACUAAACCUGCAAAAUAUAACAAAUAACCAUCAUGAAGGCCAAUCCAAUGUAAUUGUCAAUGUCUCAAAUUCAUUUAUGGAAUGGACUCCAAUGUUCUUUAUAUUACUGAAGAGAUAAUAAAUGAGAGCUAAUGUCAGAAGUGUUUAAAAUUUCAGGCUUUUGUGCCCUGCAAGACUGUGCAGCAUCAACUAGAUCGCACUGAAAUAAAAAGAGUAUCUCAUGGUUUAUGUCGGUAGUUACCAAAAUUUCCUUUGCCCUCUCUCUCCAGCUCAAAUGCUAAUAUCAGAACUGAUGGGAUUUUGGUAACUGUCAAAACCAAUAACACCAGAGUUUUAAGGAUAGAUAUAUAGAAGGAGAAAAUAAAACAUAAAACAAAUAUAGAUAAUUAAAGAACAAAUUAUCAGAAGAAAAAAAGACAUAAAAUGACAUUCGAAAAUAAUAAUAGAUGACUGUACUGGAAUGAGUUUAAAUGAAUCAUAUAUCCUUUCCAGGACAGAGAUUGAUUGGCAUUAAUGAUGAUUAUUGUUAAGAAGGUACUUGUGCCAUAAUCAGAACUUCUGUGCUGAGGGUGACGGGCAACUAUUGUGAAAAUUCCUCAAGCUGGAGAAGUGCUUGGAAGGGGAGGAUACGGUUGUCAUAGUCCAUUUAGGUAUCGGUGCUCUAGGUAGGACAAGGAAGAAGUUUCUGCUGAGGGAAUUUGAGUAUGUGCAGACAAAACUGAAAAGCAGAAACUUAUAUAAUCAUCCAAAGACAAAUUUAAUUGAAUCCGAGAGAUAACUGUGUGGCUCAGUGAUUGGUGUGGAAGGGUUUGUGGGGCCCUGGUAUUGCCACUGAGAGGAGAGAGAUCUUUUGGGAUGGGUGGGUGUGUGAGACAGAGAAAUGGAGAGUGCUAAAGAGAAACAAGGAAGGACUAUAUGAGGAACACGUGGGAUAAUAUCAUAAAAUUGUUUCUGAGAAGAACACAAAUUACUCGAGUGCAGUAAUAAACCGGUUCCAGGUAAGAAAAAUUGUAAUAAGCGAAAUAAGACCAUAGGACAAAAAUUGCAAAGGUCUCUAAAAUGUUUAAAAAUACAACUAUAAAGAUGCUGUAUCUAAAUAAGUGAAGUAUUCAUAAUAAAGUGGGCAAUUUAAUAAUUGUAGCUGUAUUGCCUAUAAUUACUUUAUAGAGGCAUGGUAACGAUGGCUGGGAAGUCUAUUAAAGAGGAAGGUGGGAUGGAGUUAGUGAACGAUGAAAUCAGAGAAAUGGCAAGGAAGGGUAUUGGCUCAGAAAAUCAAGACCUCGAAUCAGUUUGGGUGGAACCAAGGAAUACCGAAGGGCAGAAAAUAUUGGUAGGGGUUUCCACAAGACUUUCAACCCUAAGUUUUAAUAUAGGUAACAGUAUCAAAUAGAAAGCCGGUGAUGCAUGGAAUCAUGGUUGACUUCAAUUUACUGAAAUCUGGUCAAACCAGCUUAGCAGUAACACUGCACAGGAUGAACUCCUGAAGUUUACAGAGUUUUUUUUUGUUAGAUUAAUACAUUGAGGAGUCAACUAAGGAACUAGCUCUCCUGGAUUUGGUACUGUGCCACAAUAAGAGGUUAGUUAAUAAACUUGUGCAGGCUCCUCUGAGAUACUGACCAUAUUAUGAUAAAAUUCUUCUUUCCAAAUGGAAAUUGAACGUACAUGAUCUUUCCCUGUUUAUAUUAUUAA